CGUCGUGUAAUAUUGUUUAGUUGGCCGAUUAUAUUAAGCCCUCGGCCGGAGACGCGGACUCCGAGCCUUUUGUUUCCAGUUUCUGGCGCAUCCCUUAAUGACCUACCCCCGGAACUGAGUCCACCCCGACCACGGUUUCGGCGACUUAUCGAAAAGAGUGAAUUUUACGACCUUGGCUUUUCUGCGCUCCGGAGAUUUACUUUCGUCCUUGAUUGAUUAUUAUCUGUUCCCUCUCGUUGCGUAAUUGACUCAGGACAAUCAACAUUUGACUAGGAGAAAUGACUCUUAUCUUGAACCAAAACGAGUCUUAUCUGUCCGAGUUGUUGCUCGUGGCUGCCUGAUAAAAAGAGGACGAAGAAAAUUUCAAGAGCACAGUGAAUCACUGCCAGAUAUGGAAGAGAGAUUUUUGUGCGAGGCUCGAACACGAUCUUCAGCUGUUGACGACGCAAUGAAGCUGUGCGCCUGUAUUUUCGUGCUAUAUUUAAUCGCUCAAGUUGGAGCAUUUGUGGCUCCAUUCGAAGCACACGAUGAAAAUGUGCAUCAAACGCAAGCAAAAAAUCCACUUUUAUUGGAUUCGGGUGACGAUCGAAAUACAACGGCCAGAACAAAAGAAGUCCAGGAACUACAUCUAAUUACAGCAAAAAUAACAACCAAGUUCCUAGAACAGAAACUUGACGAAGAAAGAGAUAGGAUUUACAAUUUGACAAAGGAAAAUGCGAUUCUUAGAAUGGGUAACGUGCAUCAAACGCAAGCAAAAAAUCCACUUUUAUUAGAUUCGGGUGACGAUCGAAAUACAACGGCCAGAACAAAAGAAGUCCAGGAACUACAUCUAAAUACAGCAAAAAUAAAAACCGAGUUCCUAGAACAGAGACUUGACGAAGAAAGAGAUAGGAUUUACAAUUUGACAGAGGAAAAUGCGAUUCUUAGAAUAUCUAACACCCGUUAUGAAAGAGUCAUGGCAAGGGUUCGAGCGCGCGAUGCUAUUGAGUACACAGAGAAAAAAUAUAGAAAGGGAGCGAUUCCUCAGCAAGACAUCGAAGCCGCGAGGGAGAUUGAGAAUAACUGGAGGAAACUGAACCCGGAAGACGCGAAGAUACUAAGUUUAGAGAGAUUCUUUGGAACAGCGCGACAAAGACGAGAGAAACGAGCGAUCAAGAGGAAGCGGACGGCGGAAUGGUAUAAAUUCCUUCUAAAUCCUGAUCGCCUUGCUUUCUUUAGUUACUUGGUUGAAGAUGUCACAAAUGGAACCGGUGAUAAAGAGACAUUGAAGCAAUUUGCCUACUGCAUCGCGCAAGCACAUGCCGAUUUAUGCGAAUACAUUCGUCAUUAUGUAUGGUAUGACAGGGCGAAUGCUUACGGUAAACUAACUUUCCUCAAGUCCUCAAGCCAAGCACUUACUCCUUUAUUAAGGCGGUACGGUAUGGACCAUCUUGCUGAAAGUUCUGCAUUGAAAGAAGAAAGAGAUGCCUACUCGAGGUGACUGAAAUGUAAAAGUGAAAAAAGUGAAGUGCGACUAAAAGAUAUAUAAUAUUAUGAUAUUUUC